GAGCCAACGGCGUUGAUGCAACAAUUUGGGAGCACCAAGAAUGUGGCAAAGAGGUCGACGAAGAGGUAAUUGGAAGGACCGAUUUACGCUAGGCUUUUCGAAGGUGGCAGCUCAGAGGACAGUCAGUGAUCAAGCUAUCCAUCUUGAUCUAGUUGCUAAAGCUCGAGGGAUUCCUGCUGCAGAAAAUUACUUCAUUGAGCUUUCUGAAACAUCAAAGAACAUUCCUACUUAUGUAUUAACAAACUCAAAAGAUGUGCCAGGUGCAGAGAAGUGCUUCAGGGAAUGGGAAUCUAGCUGCUUAACUUAUGAUAUCCGAGUUGUGACUGUAUUGAUGGGAGCUUAUGCUCAAGAGCUGAAGGAGAAGGAUUACAAUGCAACUUCAACUGGUAGAGGGAAUGGGGAAAAGUGCGUUCCAUCUCCUGAGAUUAUUGGGACUCUAAUGGACCAUUUUGAGGAUGAGAAGGAUGUUGAUGGGGCAGAAAGUAUUCUGGAGAUUUUGAAGAAGACCGUAGAAGAUGUAGGGGAUGAAGUGUUUGAAUCAUUGAUAAGAACUUAUGCAGCUGCUGGAAGGACAAGCCCUGUAUUGCGUUGAUGAUUCAAGAUAGAAAAGGUGGAGGCGAACGAGGCGAGUAAGAAGCUGCUUGAUGUGAUAUGCGUGGAGUGAGUCUCACUUCAUUUUUGUUCACAAAAUCGAAUUCCUAGACAAGUGAUUUUACAAUUGUUUCACUUAUAAUGUUUUGUUCCUCAUAAUAAAAACAUUCUCUCCUG